CACAGAGCGAGCACUUCCGUCCAGGCAGCUGCGAUCGCUCGUUUGCACAGUUGGUAUUCCCGGUAUCACUGCGACGAAGAGCCCCACUCGUCGCAGCGCUCAACGCUCGGUGUGACGCUCUUUGGUGUGCACGCUACCACGAUUCUCGCAGGAGUCGAGACCUGUCCAGGUACGCGCUUGGCACAACGGCUUGCCUCUCAAGCGCAUUCGAUCUGUCUACCGGUACUUACCUUGUGUCACCAACAGAACGGAGCUGCUCAUGGGUACAGCCCUUGCUCCUCUGUUUCUCGGGCUACUCGCUGCGGCUGUCUGCACUUCGCGCUCCUUGCGUCGGCAAAGCAGAAUUUGCAGUACGAUGCCUAGCAGAGCACGACUAGUGUUGUGCAAAAUGUGGAAGGUGGAGUGAAGGACCUAGGAAGAUCCAGGCUAUGGAUAGGAGUUUGUCAGUAGGCGGGUGCAUCCCCAAGAGCGUGCCAGUUGCGUGUUGGUGUGUUCCAGUCGCAAGGUCUUCCCGCCACUCCCACGAUGGCGGCGUCAAGAUACUCUUGGGUGCCCCCACUCUUCGUGCUCGAGGUUCGAAGAGCGGAACCCAUUUUCGGAUAUUCACGCGCACGCAAACGAUGCCCUCGGAGCAGCUUUCGUCGACAAGCAGCCAGCACGCGCUGCAGCAAGCCAUCAAGGCGAUGGGGGGUCUUCCCAUUUCAAGCCUCCACGACGCCGUGACGACAACGGGGCUCAACCUUCUUGGCCACGCCAAUGCUGCCGCGUACAAGCAGUACAUUCAGACGCCGCUCUGCGUGAUUCUCUAAGGCGCUCCAACUUGUUCAUUUUGAUACGGCAAUGACCGAUUCUUGCCCCCAACAAAGUGUCGUUACUAAAAACCUGCGACUGCAAAUACAAUCUCAUUUUGCGGUUGCUA